AUGGCCAGCGUCGUCGAAGCCGCAAAGCGCGCUGCCGGUAAGGCUGCCGUUGAGAACCACUACCCCAAGGACGCCAAAUACGUCGGCAUUGGCAGUGGUUCGACCAUUGUCUAUGUAGUCGAGGCCAUCAAGGAGUCCGGAAUAGACACCUCCGCCACCAAAUAUGUCCCCACCGGCUUCCAGUCCAAGCAGCUGAUUGUCAGCGCUGGUCUGACCGCGGUGGACUUUGAUGCCCUCCCCGAAGGCACGGUUCUGGAUGUUGCCUUCGAUGGUGCCGAUGAGGUUGACGAUGAGCUGAACCUGAUCAAGGGUGGUGGUGCUUGUCUCUUCCAGGAGAAGAUUGUGGCUCUUCAGGCCAAGGAGUUCAUCUGUGUGGCUGGUGCGUAUGCCUUACGACUUGCUAACUCCCGCAAGCUCCAAUCCCGCCUGCUCACUGGCUGGAAGUACAUCCCCAUCGAAGUCGCUCCUAUCGCGGCCCGUCGCGUUCUCGGUGCUCUCAAGGAAAUUGGCAGCAUUGACCCCGCUAUCCGCUUGAACUCCGAUGCCAAGCAAGGCCCCUUGAAGACCGACCAGGCCUUCUACAUUAUCGACGCUCCCUUCAAGACUCUGCUGACCCAGGCAGACGUGGCUGCUGGAAAGGACGGCAGUGGCAAGGAUGGCGUGUGGGAGGUCCACGCCCUCUCUCAGGCCAUCAAGCAGAUUCCCGGUGUUCUCGACGUGGGUAUCUUCUCUGGCGUGACGGGCCCUCAGGCGCAGGCGCUCGGUGGUGUCGGAGGCCAGAAGCCUAUUGCUGCCUACUUCGGUAUGCCUGACGGCUCGGUGUCCGUCAGAAAGGCCGCUGCUUAA